AUGGCAGGUGCUCCAGAGAGCUGGUCUGAUGAGGAGCCCAGCAAUCCGGAUGAGGAGGGGUUGAGCACCUGGGGGAACCCGGCAGUGGCCCAGCCCUCAGUCGAAGACACACUUGGUGUGAAGGUGGUUGACCUGGUGGCGUUCAUGCUUGUCAAGUAUUGCACCAAGCAGCCGACCACACAGGCGGAGAUGCUGACAGCGGUCAGCCAAACUGACCAGAACCAGUUCACCAUGAUCUUCCACCAAGCCUGUGCCUGCCUGCAGCUGGUCUUUGGCGUUGACGUGAAGGAAGUGGACCCCAGCGAGCACUCCUACGUUCUGGUCACCAUCCUCGGCCUGACCUGUGGUGGGAUGCUAAGUGGUAAGCAGGCCAUGCCCACGACCAGCCUCCUGGUGGUGGUCCUGGGAGUGAUCCUCCUGGAGGGCGAAUGUGCCCCUGAGAAGGAGGUGUGGAAAGCGCUGGGGGUCCUGGGGGUGUAUAUCGGCAGGGAGCACUUAUUCUAUGGGGAGCCCAGGGAGCUGCUCACCGAGGUCUGGGUGCGGGAAGGGUACCCGGCGUACCGGCAGGUGCCCGGCAGCGAGCCCGCACGCUACGAGUUCCUGUGGGGUCCCAGGGCCCACGCGGAGACCAGCAGCGUGCACGUGCUGCAGCACAUCCUCAUGGUCAGUCGCAGGCUGCUCAGGGCCUCCCUGUCCCCGUGUCACGAGGCUGCCAGCAAUGAGGAAGUGCGGGCUUGA